AUGUUCAAGUCCAAAACAUUAAAAGUCAGUAAAGGUGUAGAAAAUGGUAAAAACUUUACUUUAGAAAUAGAGCCAAACCAAGACACUUUAAAUCAAAAAUCCGAGAUAACUUUAUUAUGGCUUGACAUAAGUGGUUUAGAUAAAACUAGUCAAUUUAUUUGUUGCUGUUUAGGUUUAUUUGUUUUUUACCUUAUAUAUGGGUAUUUAUUAGAAUUGUUAUUUACAAUUGAGGGAUUAAAACCCUAUGGUUGGUAUGUCACUCUUAUGCAAUUUGGAUAUUAUUCACUUUUCGGUUGGAUUGAAAAUUUUAUUUCCGGUUUAAAAAAAAGAAGAACUCCAAUUAAAAUAUAUCUACUUUUAGCAGCUUUAACUCUUGGAACUGUAGGCUUUUCAAACACUUCACUCCAAUAUUUAAAUUAUCCAACUCAAGUUAUAUUUAAAUGCUGCAAAUUAAUACCAGUUAUGAUCGGUGGAAUAAUUAUUCAAAAAAAAAAGUUUGGAUUAUUAGAUUUUUUGGCAGCGAUAUCAAUGUGCGUUGGACUUGCUUCUUUUACACUAGCUGAUAGUUAUGUAUCACCUAAUUUUAAUCUAAUUGGAGUUUUAAUGAUAUCAUUAGCUUUACUAUGUGAUGCAGUAAUAGGAAAUGUGCAAGAAAAAGCAAUGAAAAAAUACAAUGUUCCUAAUACAGAAGUAGUGCUUUACUCGUACUCAUUAGGAUUUAUCUAUUUGUUAAUUUUGAUGUUGGUCUCGGGAAAAUUUUUUAAUGUUAAAUCGUGUGGGGCUUUUGCAGCUGCAACAGUAACAACAUGCAGAAAAGCAGUUAGCAUUGUUUUAUCAUUUAUGUUUUUUAGCAAACCGUUUACAAUCAGUUAUUUUUGGUCAGGAUUAUUAGUAUUAUUCGGAAUAUAUUUAAACAUAUAUGCUAAAAAUAAUAGGAACGUCACAAUGAAAAAUUUCUUAUCGAGAAGACUAUUAAAAUUAUAUCUGUACUUAUUUAAGAUUUUGAAAAGGAAAAAACCAUCUUUAGAGUUGACAGUGUAA